AUGGCACUGUCACUGUCAGCUUCACUUAAAACAUCCCUACUAAACUGCGGAACCUUGAUCAGUGAAAGACUCGAAGCAGCUCCAUUCCAGACCUUCCUACUCUUGGCAUCUGUGUGGAUACUCUCUAUCCCGACUCUUGUGUUUUUGAUGACCCGCUACUGGCCCUCGUUUAACUCCAAAAAGGCCAAACCUGAACUGCGACGCUCGCGCGAGAACACCGAUGCCAGUGAGACCCCUGCGGGGACCCCUAUUCAAACCCCGAGUGAGAAUAAGGAUUGA